CGGGCCCAGGCGGACGAUACGCGACACGCGACACGCGACGCGGCACGCCGCCUAGCGAGCGCCCGCCAUGGUGUCUCACAACCCCUCGAAGCUCUCGCACGGCGCCCCCAGCUCACGCUCUUCGCAGCCCUCCGCCGCCCACCCCGGCACGCCGCGCCACGAGAAGAAGGCCUCGUCCUCGUCCAACCACGGCGCCCAGACCCGCGACCGCGAGCAGCGUGAACAGCGCCCGAGCCGCGACGGCGCCGCACAGCGCGCUGCCCAGGAUGUCGUCGGCCUCAAGGACUACCAGCUGGGCGACUGUCUGGGCAAGGGCGCCUUUGGUAGCGUCUACCGCGCCCUCAACUGGGGCACCGGCGAGACGGUCGCCAUCAAGCAGGUGCGCCUCGAGAAUCUGGGCGCUGCCGAUCUUAAGAACAUGGAGAUGGAGAUCGACCUGCUCAAGAACCUGAACCACUCCAACAUCGUCAAGUACCAGGGCUUUGUGCGAAGCUCGGAGAGCUUGUACAUUAUUCUGGAGUACUGCGAAAACGGCUCGUUGCACAGCAUCUGCAAGAACUUCGGCAAGUUUCCAGAAAACCUGGUUGCUUUGUACAUGUCACAGACGCUGCACGGCCUGCUCUACCUCCACGAGCAGGGUGUCAUACACAGGGACAUCAAAGGAGCUAACAUUUUGACCACAAAAGAGGGACUCGUGAAGCUGGCCGACUUUGGUGUGGCUACCAAACAGUCGGGCCUCGACCAGUCCAGCGUUGUUGGAACACCGUACUGGAUGGCACCGGAGGUCAUUGAAUUGUCAGGCGCCACUACUGCAUCAGACAUUUGGAGCGUGGGAUGCACCGUCAUUGAGCUGAUCGAAGGCAAGCCGCCAUACCACAAGCUGCAGCCUAUGCAGGCCCUGUUCAGGAUCGUCAACGACGAGCACCCGCCCAUACCUGGUAGCGCAUCACCUUUGCUCCGCGAAUUUCUUAUGGAAUGCUUCCAAAAGAACCCUACCUUGCGUAUCUCUGCGAAGCGAUUGCUCAAGCACCCUUGGAUCCAGAGCGUGAAGAAAACCGUCGCCGCCGUACCCGCAAAACCUACCGAAUACCAAGAAGCAGUCAAGUCUGUGCAAGAGUGGAACGAGGCUCUCAAAUCUCCAAACUCGCUGCGUAGAACCUCGAGGCUGGCAUCUGGCGUGCAAAAACCGUCGCAGCACUUUCCCUCCCCUGCACAUGCAAACGGGGCUGCGGUAGCUGCGCGCAAACCACCGGCGAACGUCGAUCAACUGAACGUCGCAAAGUCCAGGCCCACUGCGGAGGCCUUUCGCUCACCGGAGCUGGAUCAAGACGACAACUGGGACAACGAUUUCGCCGAAAGCAUUUCGCCGCGGGCUUUGAAGAUGCCAUCGCAUCGAAAGCCCCAAGACAACUUCGGGGGUCUGUUUUCAAGCGACAAACUGAAGGCGUUUGCCAGUUUCGAGGCUGUCGUUGACAGUCCUGACGGAGGCGACGGUGAGGCUACCAUGAGACGCCCUCUGAAUCUGCAGCAUCUGCAAGGCCCUUCCAGCAGCUUCAGUCCACGACAAUCUGCGAAACCCCGGACACCAAAAUCGAAGUCUUCUGCAUCGACGUCAGCAUCAGCAUCGACAUCAGCCUCAAACUCUAGGUCAUCAUCAAACGCCUCACAACACGAGGAACGUCGCAGCUAUGACGCUCAGCCCAAGACUGCCUUCCUACGUGGUGUGCCCCAGGCACCUCAACCGUCUAAGCAGCGGGCACUUAUGCCAAAUCGAAACAGUAAUGCAUUUCGUGAGAACUCAGAGGAAGAGGACUACUCAGACCUUAUGCCUACGGACGAAGAUGCUUUUGAAAAGCGCGUGCAAGCAUUGCAGCACUCGCAGCCCUUUGUAGUCGUACCGCAGCAACCACCACACUUGACUCCAGUACUCUCAGGCUCACCCGCUGAUAUAUUCUCUCCACGACUAUUUCAUCCAACAGACCUGAGGCCGACGUUGAAAUCGUCAAGAGAGCUCAAGGGCCAAGGAACAAUUCGGCAGCGGGCGGCGAGCACGGCCUCUAACCGCAAGCUUCAUCGAACACAGUCGGAGAUCGAAAUUCAGAAGUACGCUGAAGAUGAGGGCGACGAUUUCUCUGAGAUUGUCGGAGACAUAAAAGGUGGUCCACAAUCCACACUCACAACUACAGCAGAGAGUGACAGUGGCAGUGAGCAUAGUAGCCUUGCUAUGAUCACGACCAAGAUGUCCGGCUCUUUCAUGAUCGCAGACGAAGACGAUAUGGAUCCUUUUGCCAAUCUCGACGAAGGCCUUGAUACCAUCAACCUCGAGAAUAACGUUGCUCGAGACCGCGACGACCGAUUAACGAAGAUGACCGAGCAUCUGGUCAGCUGCUUGAAGCUUAGUCAGCCCGACGACGUUCUUCUCGAUAUCGCAGACCAACUCCUUCAAGUCCUGUACGAGGCGCCGGAUAAGCGCUCCAUCAUUCUGAGAAGUCACGGUAUGCUGCCCGUAUUGGAGAUCUUGGGCAACAUUCCGCCUCAUGAUCUUGUGCUUCCACUUCUCAAGAUCAUCAACUUGAUCAUCCUGGAGGAUGCAGAAGCGCAAGAAAGUCUUUCUUUCUUAGGAGGCAUACCUACGAUCUGCCAGUAUGCGUACAAGAGAUACCCAAGCGAGAUUCGCAAGGAAGCUGCAGCCUUUGUGCGACAAAUGUAUCAGACAAGCACGCUUACCAUGCAGAUGUUCAUUGGCUGUGGAGGUAUCAACGUCCUCGUGGAGUUUCUUGAGGAAGACAUUGAUGCUGAGCGCGAUCUUGUUCUGAUUGGCGUCAACGGAGUGUACGGCGUUUUCGAGUUGCAGGGACCUACUCCCAAGAAUGACUUCUGCCGGAUAUUCAGCAGAAGCAGCGUUCUUUACCCUCUGUCGCUAGUACUCAAUCGGAUGGUUGAAGAGGAUGGCGAAGUUGCCAGGCUUAUCGUGGGCAGGAUCGUGCACAUCUUCCUCAUAUUCAGCCAGGCCGAGAGUCACGUCAAGGACCUAGUGGCAGAUCGUAUGAUCUUGAAGCGUGUACUCAAGGAUCUGCGCAAGAUGGCGCCGCCUCAUCAGAUCACUAUGCUGAAGUUCAUCAAGAACCUCAGCUCUCUCUCAUCCACACACGAAGCAUUACAGAACUCGAACGCGAUCGACAUCCUCAUCGAGCUGCUCAAGGUCACUCGCGCAUCUGGAUCGAAGUCGGGUAGCAUCAGGCCGGGCAACGACUCGACCCGUUCGUUCCAGCGCGAGAUCUCCAACCAGAUCUUGAACACAAUGUACAAUCUCUGUCGUCACAAUAAGAGCCGCCAGGAGGAGGCUGCGCUAUCUGACAUCAUCCCACUUCUGAAGGAUGUUGUCAAUGACGGUGGCCCCUUGAAAGAAUUUGCUCUGCCUGUGCUGCUUGAGAUGGUGAACUCGGGCAAGGUCUCUCGGAAAAUGCUGUGGGAUGCGAAGGGACUCGCAUUCUACGUGUCGCUACUCGGUGAUGUCAAUUGGGCAGUGACAGCUUUGGAUGCCAUUCUUGUCUGGCUUCAAGAGGAGACCGCGAGAGUUGAGCAAUAUUUGCUUUCUGCUCAUUCCAAUUUCACAUCAGCAAUCAUCGCAGCAUACACUUCGUCAGGACCAUCUCGUUCCACUUUUGAAAACAUGCUCGAGCCGCUGCAGAAGCUUGUCCGUAUUUCGCCGUCUAUCGCUGCAUCACUGGCAGUUCCUGAAAUCUUUUCACGCACGGAGCAGAAGCUCAAUCAUAAGGACGCUGUCACGCGACUGAACCUGCUGCGUAUCCUGCGAACGAUCUGCGACGCAAAGGAGGAAGGUUGCUGGCUGAUUCGCGCGUUCGGCUGCUAUGAGCGCACCACUUGGCUCAUGGAGCAGGACCCUGCUGUCCUUGUUCGACAAAUGGCGGAAGAGCUUGUUCAGGCUUGCGACGACGUUGAGGCUAACGGGAUCAGCUCUGUAAGCAGUGGCAAACGUAGUCUGAGCCGAGCAUCGAACAUCGGCAUGAAUCUGCGUCGGCCUGCUUCGUCGUCUGGUCGCCGCGACGGCUCUGGCUCAAGUAGCGGUUCCACUCUGGCUAGUACUGGGCUGGGUCUCACCCCACCUACACCAACAAGCCUGAAGGGUAACAAUUUCCUUGUUCCGCCAAUGUCCACACCGGGCAGUGGCCGUGAUCGUAUCCCCCGUACACAAUCCUCCAGCUCGAUGUGGGACCUCAUCGAGGAUCCCAACACGACGCCACAAUCGGCAGGCCGCUCCUCGAAAGCCCCCGUCCUCGCACGAUCCACGACCUCUUUCGCCGCUCUUGCGUCUCCCACCGCGGCUGCCCGCCCAUCGACCGCUCGGCCUGCCUCUCGAGACGCAACGUCCUCACUCCUGCACCUGCAAUCCAACACCCGCUCUGGCGCGCCCGAACGCUCCCGCCUUCCUAAAGCGCGCGCACAGAACGCCGCUGGCCGCCUCGGCGAUGCGAUAACGAAACGCCGACAGAGCAAUUACAAUCUUGAGAACGAUGCCCCAGGCAAUGGAAACAAUGUUAUCCCUGGCACCCCGCCGCUGCCACGUCUGCAGAUCGUAAGACGCAGGAGAGACACAAGUGGCGGCGAGUUGGCCUCGGCGGGCGAUGCGCGAAGAGGCUCGACAGUGAAUUAGGAGCGUACUGCAGAGCGAAGAGGAUCGAGUGUCGAUUUUGACAGGGUCAACAAGUAUGGGAGUCUUGUACGAAGAAGGAGGGGCCUGACAAGUCCGAAUAUGCGCAGCAUUAUCUUGCAGUUCGAUCGACCGAUUUCAGAGUCGGGCGUGGAAGGCCACUGACCACGAGGUCUAAGACGAACAAUGGUAUUGAAGUCUUGCUGAAAGUUGUCUGGGUUUGGUCGUUUGCAUAGCAUGGCGUUUCAGGGUUCAAAAAGGUUGAACAUUAUUAGAUGGUUGGGAUCGCAUAGCUUCGGCGUCUUGCUUGAUUGUAGUAGUUUCAUUCGUAUUCCGCUUCUGUGGAUUCGGGCUCUGUUGUACGGGCACAAGUUGUGCGUCGCAGUCCUGCAGUCUGGCUGCUUGAGUUUAAACAUAUCCAGCAUUGUCCUACUCGAAAAGACGUUUACGCUGUGAUGUCAAUGUGGUCAAUCUGAUGGAAAGC